AUGCACGCCCUUGCUCGCUACAUAGAGACCGUGGCCAAGGACGUGAGGAAGCUUUGCCUCGCGGAGCCGCGCUGUGUGCACGUGAAGGCCCCCUGCUACAUCCUAGGAGACAUCCAUGGAAACUUCGCUGACCUAGUGGCGUUUGAGAAGGCUCUGUGGAGGAUCGGCCCGAACCUCUCGCCCGCAAACUUCCUUAUGCUGGGAGAUUAUGUAGACCGUGGCGCCCACUCGGUGGAGGUCGUGGCCUACUUGUUUGCUCAGAAGCUGAUGUGUCCGAGCAAGUUCAAGCUCUUGAGAGGAAACCACGAGACCAGGAUACAGAACAGCCACUCGGGGUACAACCCUUGCUUCCGGGACUCGUGUGAGAAGCACUUUGGGAAGGAGGUCGGGGACUCAGUGUGGGAGUCGGUGAACUUGGUCUUCGAUGCUCUCCCGCUGGCCGCCGUCGUCGACCACAACAUCUUCUGUGUACAUGGAGGCAUCCCGAGUCCCAGCGUCUUAAGGAAGCAUGGAGAGUACGGGUCUGCUUCUCUCAUCGCCGAGAUCAACAAGAUUCCUCGCGAUCUGCCCCAGCCCGAUCCCUCGGUGGGAGGGGACCCGCUGGCAUGGGAUCUGAUGUGGAAUGAUCCAGCUCCCUCCAACUUUCACACGCUCUCCCCCUCCAAGGGCCGCCAUACGGCUCUGCAGCAAAAUCAUGUUGCUGAUCCCACAGUGCAGUUCCUCCGCAGGUACAACUUCAGCCACCUUGUACGAGCACACGAGGUCCGCAAGACCGGGUUUCAGGUAUCUCCUUGGGGCGUCUGCUGGGGUGGUUGA